AUGCAGUUUGCAUCCCCCAAUUCUAUAACCCCUAAUGAAUUCGUGGAGCAGUUUUCUCCCAAUUUCCUCGUCAGAUCUCGUCUCUGGUUCACGCAGAGCAGCUACGAUCAAUUGAUGCAAUUUGUUUCUGGCAUGACCUCGUCCCCGGCACUACAGCGGGACUUUCGCUCGUUGCAAGAGCCGGGCUUGCAUCGUCGUCACUGCCUACCCAAGAAAUGGCUACAAUGGAGAGAUUGCCAAGCUGCCUUUGACCCAGCUUCACAGCGGUAUGAAGGAGCUACUAUCUAA